AUGAUGGAGAGCAUUGACGAAGAAUUCGUCCAUUUCCGAUAUGGCCAGGGAUACUUUGCGGAUACGGAUGCCAUCCGUGAACAGUGGUAUCCUCUUCUUAAUGGGGUUGCAGGAAUAACUUAUCUGGACCACGCCGGAACAACGCUCCGGGCCAAGUCGUUUAUCGAAUCAUUCUUGGAUGAGCGGACAGACGACGUGCGACUCCGAGUUCUCCAGUUCUUCAAUGCAAGCCCGAUGAGUUUGAUGUGGUUUUUGUGGCAAAUACGACAGCAGCUAUUGGAGAAUCUUUUCGAGAUGACCCUAGGGGAUUUUGGUAUGGGUACUGCGUUGAUUCCCACACUGGUGUGA